AUGGUCAUCUUCGGCGGCGUAACUUCUCCAUCCGUUGACAUUUUUACGAAUCCCGCCGCAACUAACGACGUCCAAGUUUUCGAUAUAGUAUCCUUAAAUUGGUAUAAGCCUAGCAUAACUGCCGCUGCCGGAAGCACAAUACCUCUCCCACAAAAGUUCGUGCCCUGUGUCGGAUUCUCAACUGGAGAAAUGUUCGUCCUAAUGGCAAAUACAAACUAUAAUGCUGCAAACAAUAUCGCAGUUUUGGAUUUAAUGCAGCAAACUUGGCAAGAGAUUACUACUGUAUUCCCGCCGCUAGAUUUCCCCAUAGGUGUAACACUCACAGAUGUAAAUGAUAUUCUAUAUCGAUACGCUGGACUUGCUGUUAAUUUGCAAGGAAAUCAAGCACAGGCUAUUGAGGGUUUGCUGUAUUCUUUGGACUCAAAAACUCUCGUUUGGACAUCUCGUGCCAAUGGCCCACCAUUAGCAUAUCACACAGCUUGCUAUUUAUCAAAGUUCGACGUAAUCGCCGUCUUUGGUGGCCAAGGCAUCGAUUUCCAGCCGCAAGAUGUGCUCAGUACCUAUUCCGUCUCACAAGGAAUAUGGAACCAAGUUGAUCAGCCCGUGUCAAAUAAGCCAAGUGCUAGAUUUGGACAUACAGCAGUGUGCAAAGCAGAUCAAAUGAUUAUAUUUGGUGGUGGAAGUGUAUCGUCGAAUGGUAUCGUGUUAUCAGAUGAUUCAUUAUGGUUACUGAUAGCAACAUCAGCAACUAGCUUUACUUGGUCGCAACCGGUAACAUAUGGAACGAAGGGUCCAGCUGCUCGCUUGGGACACUCGGCAGUUCUUUUUGAAAACCGAAUGCUUGUGUUUGGAGGAAUAGGAGGAGAUAACGAUACAAGUGUAUACGAACUAGAUACAAUUACGUGGACAUGGUAUUUAUUGGCAACUAAUGUGACAAACCCAAGCACACCAACUUCCAUAGCCCCAUCAUCUUCCUCCUCAAACACCGCCAUAACAGCCGGAUCUAUACCCGUAUCUGCUGCCUCCCAAGGGUCAAAGACAAUCGCAAGUGCACUUUUCGGAACUGCUGGUCUUUUAUUUAUUGCAGUUGUACUUUUUACGGCCUGUCAUUAUAGACGGAAAAACCGUAAACUUCGAUCCGACAACGACGAAAUGAGCAAAAUAGACUCGGCUCUUGAUGGCAACUCAAACGAUACGUCUCUCCCACCUCGAUCUCGAGAAGUCAUCCUAACUUUACCAAUAACGGCGUUGAGCGAAUGA